AUGUCCUUCCACGCGACGCCUUUACUCUACCUCAAUAUGGGAGGCGAGAUGUUAUAUGUUUUACGUGAAAGAUUGAGAGCUCAGAGGGUCGAUGUCGAAAAAACUAUCCAAGUAAUGGAUGAUGUGACGACAGCCCUUUUGAAUCCAAAGACACUCUCCUCAAUAUUUGAAAAGUCUCCAUUAAUGGAUAUGGCUUCCAUUCGCUCGAUUCUCGAAAGCGUUGUACUUUGCUCAAUAAUGAAAUUGGAUUCAAACAGCAUGAAUAAAUUAUUCGAUUUGAUGACGAUGAUGUUUAAAUAUCAAUUAACGGCAGCAACCGGACCUAGAGAAGUCAUUCUCAUCACCUUAAAUCACACAGAUGCGAUGAGAGACAUGGUCACGGACGAAAGUGCACACGAAUGUGUGAGCUUAGUUCAUCAAAUGAUUGUUGACUUGUAUGCAAAUCUGAGGUAUGAAGAAGUUUGGCAAGCGAGAAAUGAUUGCUUGGAUCUCCUGAGAAAUUAUAAUGUGCGAGUGAAUGUUCUCUUAAGACUCGGCCUUCAAAAUCAAAAUGCCACAUUCAAUAUUGGAAAACCAAAUUACAACGAGCGAUAUGAAAAACAAAGGGCAGAAAUUGGCCAAUUGAAACUCACGGACAUAAUUUGCGAAAAGUGCACGAUUGGAUCCUUCAACCUAUUUGGAGAUCGGAUCACUGUACUUGGAAAGAAUAUAUAUUCUCCCUCGUUUGGAAAACAACCGAAACCCUGUUUAAAACGAACCAGUCGACAAUUAUCGACAGAUCCUGGAUGUAAAGCCGAACUUGGAAUGCUUGCCUUGCAAUUGGGAACGGAGGAAACGAUCUACGAAAGGCCCUUCAGCCUAACGCUUUACGUAAAUGACAAAAAUACGAAUUCGAAAAGUGAAAUUAACAUAGAUCAGACCGAAAAUUAUCUUCAAGAUGAUGAUGAAAUAGAAGGAAAGUCAAAUAAAAAUAAGCAAGAAUACAAAAACAAACUCGAGAGUUUGUACGGUGACUUGGAAGACGAUUCCAAUGAUAUAAAAAGGAGCAUGGACCUUCUUGACCUUCUAGACGAAGUUUAAUCGAAACUUCGAAAAUGUUACGACAAUAUUUUUAUAGCUUAUUUUAUAUUUGUUUAAUACCUUCUGUUUAUAUGCAAAGUUAUAACAGUUUGUCAAUUUUAACCAUUUGAAAUAGUUUUAAGUGAGAUAUUUUUAUUAGUUUUUUAUUAUUAUUAUUCGCAUUGUUUUGAAUUUUACUAAUAAUUUGAAUUCAUUUUAUAUUUCUGUUCAAGUUUCAAUGUUAAGAGAUUUUUAUGUAAUUACCUGAAAAACUUCCUUUAUAUCUCGUUCGAUAAGAUAACGGCAGUGUUCAUAUUUCAAGAAUCAAUAAAAUAUCGAGUGCCUUUGUGGAAUGAAAGCCACCAAGUGUGUAAAAAAAUCGUCUUUAAUACGACU